UUUGACAAUAAGGAGUCCGUCGAGAAGGCCCUGAAGCUGGACCGCGAGCUGCGCGUCAACGGGUUCCUGGUGACCGUCUCGAAGUACCGCGACGAGGACGAGCAGAAGGCGCACUCCGCCAACGCCAACAAGAACAAGCGGCAGCACCCGCAGCAGCAGAACCGCAACGCAACCGCUAACACCAAUGUCAGCCCCAACGCCAAUCCGAACCCCAACCGCCAGAACAACUACCGGCCUCGCGGUGGCGCAUUCAACGCGCGCGGCAACUUCAGAGGCGGUCGCGGCCGCGGCGGUUUCCCCACGCGCGGGUUCCCGGCUCGCGGCGGAUUCGGCGCACACGUAAACAGCUACGCCAUCCCCGGAUUCAUGGGCGGUUUCAUGAACGACGGCCAGCGGCCGAACAAGCGGCCCCGGCUGUAAGCGGCCCUCAGAAUCCGUGUGUGUGCGUCCUACAGACUACAGUGACAUGUUACUUGGAGUAUCAUAUAAUAAAUCUAGCGAAUUGUAUUUACAUAAGUGCAUGGAAUAUAAGAGUAAGUUAUUGUCUUUUUGCAGGUAAUAAAUACUAUUACUAACAA